AUGGGCGUAUUACUUGGAACCCUGACGCUUCAUAGGUUCCUGAGAAAUUUCAAACAUCACAAUAUUUCCAGAGAUGGGAUUUCUUUUGAUGAAAAUGGAGUUCCUGUUGGUGACUUUGAUAUCAUGCAGUGGACAUCCGUUUUGAACAAAUCAGUUGCGGGGAUGAAAAUUGGGAAUGUAGAAAAACAAGCCUCCUCGGAAGUCAAGAUUUCUGUCAAUCAAAGUGCCGUCCAAUGGCCAACUUUAUUUAACAAAAUGGUGCCUUAUUCAAGAUGUACAGAAAGUUGCUCCCCAGGUUAUGCCAAGCUUGUGAGAGAGGGAGCCCCAGUUUGCUGCUAUGAUUGUUCUCUGUGUAUGGAAGGAACAUUCUCUGGGCAAGAAGAUGCAGCCGAUUGUGAAAAGUGUCCAGAUGACCAGUAUUCCAAUAAGAAGCGAGAUCAGUGUGUCCCCAAAAAUAUAAGCUUCUUAUCCUAUCAAGAAUCGUUGGGACUCAUCCUGGCUCUCUUUGCCAUCGCUUUGUCCCUAACCACCGCCUUUAUUCUGGGAAUCUUCAUGAAAUACCGAGACACUCCCAUAGUCAAAGCCAACAACUGUGAACUCACCUACAUUCUCCUGGUUUCACUCCUGCUUUCUUUCUUGACCUCCCUUCUAUUCAUCGGUCGCCCCGUGAAAAUGACCUGUCUCCUUCGACAAACCAUUUUCAGUGUUGUUUUCUCAGUUGCUGUGUCUUCCUUGCUGGCCAAGACUGUCAUGGUGGUGGUGGCCUUUCUGGCCACAAAGCCAGGCAGCAGCAUGAGGAAAUGGCUGGGGAAGAGUCUGGCCAACUCUAUUGUUUUAUCCUGCUCUGGUAUUCAAGUAGGCCUCUGUAUGAUGUGGCUGGGAGUCUUUCCCCCAUUCCCAGAUUCUGACUUUCAUUCCCAACCAGAACACAUCCUGCUGCAGUGCAAUGAAGGCUCUGUCACCAUGUUCUACUCUGCUCUUGGCUACAUGGGUUUUUUGGCUGCCAUCUGUUUCUUGGUGGCAUUUCUGGCUCGAAAUCUGCCAGGGGCCUUUAAUGAAGCCAAACUGAUCACCUUCAGCAUGUUGGUUUUUUGUAGCGUUUGGAUCUCCUUUGUUCCCACUUAUCUGAGCACCAAGGGGAAAUAUAUGGUAGCUGUGCAGAUCUUCUCCAUCCUGGCCUCUGGCCUGGGUUUACUGGGCUGCAUCUUUAUCCCCAAAUGCUACAUUAUUAUCCUGAGACCUGACAUGAACACCAAAGAACAUCUCAUGAUAAAAAAUCAUUAAGGUUCCUUGUGUUGGUGUUUAUUUUUGUACAGUUUACAUGCAGCAUAAAAUCACAUACUUUGAAGUAAUGUUUUGUUUGUUGUCAUUUAUCUUUCUUCAUUCCAUGUGAAUUUUGAAUUAUAAUAAUUAAGUAUUAAAGUGGCUAAAACAACUCAAACUAUUUGAAAUAAUCAUAUCCUUCAAUUGUCCUAAUCUGAAUUCAUAUUAUGACAUUAAUAAAAUUUCUGAAACCAAGCCAUAUAAACUGUGACCAGAGAUGUUCUGAUACAAUUUUAGAUUAAAUUAAAGACUAUGGCUAAUGAUGAUGUAUGUUUUUGUUACUAUAUAGGUUGGUUUUCUGGUGUUAUAUUUUAUUUUCUGGGUGAUGUUCUGAUUUUUUUUAAAAAAAUAGUUAAUUUGAAAUAUAUAUUUGAUUAAUCUCUUCUGGCUGGAUAAUGUAAGGUUACUCAGAGAUAGAUAAAUGAGAUAGCUAGAUGGGAGAUAUUGGGAAAGAUAAAAACAGAGACACAGAUAACAUUCUAUAUAUUGAGAAUAGAUAAAAUAUCAACAUGGGACAAAUUAUUAUUUUUGACAGUCUUCAAUCAAAAGAAAAAUAUGUACAACUCUGAAUGAUUUGGGGGGAAAUUCAUGUAGACACCUAAUGUGACAAUGAAGGUAUGCUUAUGAAUAUUAAAAUUGAUUCCUGUUUUUUAUCCAUGUCCAUAUCCAUUUCCAUUUCCAUUUCCAUAUAGUGUGGGUGUGUGGGUGUCCUGCCAACGUAGCAAUUAAAAAACAUGUAAAUGCAAAGAGAUAAAUAGGUACCAUUUUAGUGGGAAAGUAACCAUGUUCCGUGCAUCUUCAGUGCAUAGUCAUACCAGCCACAUGACCAUGGAAGCAUCUUCAGAUAAAGGCUCUUCAUUUGUGAAUCAAAGAUGAGCACCGCCCCUUGGGUUGGUCAUGACUGACAGGGGAAAUCUUUACCUAUACCCACUUAAACCUUUACCUAUAAAUAUAUAAAGUUGUUUUUGU